GUCCGGCGCGGCACGGGGAGCCGUGCUGGCCAGAUCGAUCGCCGCUGGGAGAGGUGCUCGUGGUGCCGGGGCCGCUGCUGCCUCAGACACUCGCAGGACGUGGGACGGAAGAGCGGGCGCCAGCGGGCGCCGAGCUGCACACCACGUGAGCGCCUCCGGCACAAGGGACCGAUGGCUGCGGCGAUGAGCGGCGUCAGCCUGAUGGAGGCCAUCUCGGCGCGGCUGCGGCGCACUGACGUCACGCUGGAGCGCGCCGACAGCGGCGCAGAGGUCAUCAAGCUGGAGCGAGCCGACAGCAGCGAUGGCGCGCUGUCGCUGACGGCCGGCGGCCCGGCCGAGCUGCGCUGGCACAACGCGCCGAUCGCCACUUACGUGGCCGAGCAGCGUCUGUUCCGGUGCGGCCAGUGCGCCGUCACCGCGUUCCUGGCCCGCCCGAUGGCCGAGCACUGGCUGGGCGCGCACGCCGACUUCAAGGCGUUCCAGUGUCCGCACUGCCCGUACAUGAGCUCGUGGCAGCGGUGCGUGCGCAUGCAUCUGGUGCGUCAUCACGGCGACCGGGUCUCGGAGGUGGCCGAGUUCAGCAACAGCCACGUGAUGGCCGACAUCCUCGAGCGGCUAUCCGAGCUGAAGCGCGACUCCGAGCUGCGCGCACCGCCGUCGCCGGCCGACGACGAGCCCAUCGUCGAGGAAUUGGUGAUCGACGACGGCGCCGGCGGCAAGCGGCACCACUGCCCGCACUGUCCGUACUCGACGCACCGGCGAGACCUCUUCAACCGACACGAGAACAUCCACAAGUCGGACAAGCCGUUCCAGUGCUACAUCUGCCAGAGGAUGUUCAACCGGGCCGACCAUGUGAAGAAGCACUUUCUCAGGAUCCACCGCGACGAGCCGUAUGAUGUGACGCGCAUUCGGCGCAUCCCGCCCAAGACGCUGACGGCGCAGGUGUACUACUCGCGGGCGGCGUCGCUCACAUCCGACUCACAGCCACCGCGCUCCCCGGAGAAGCCGGUGGCGGUUGCGCCGUCGCCUCCUGCACUGCCACCACCGCCGCCGCCGCCGCCCCGCUCCAACCCCUCCGCGCGAAGACGUCAAGCCGCUGGUGCUGAGCCCGAACCCGCGUGUCGGCGUGCGCCGCUGGGCCGUGUCGCCGCCCGACAGUCCGGCGCCCACCAAACGGGCCGCCUCGCCGUGCGCCGAACAGAAGGAGAACCGACGCCAGCGGCGCGCCGACUCGACACCCAGCGAGUCUGACGCCUCCUCCGGCACAGAGGCCGCCGAGGCCCCGGAGCGCGCCAGCCGCCAGGGCGCGUUCGCCUGCCCCGAGUGCCCGUGGCGUGGAUUCGACUCGUGGUGUCUGAAGCGGCACAUGAACACACACACCAAGCCGUACACGUGUCCCCUGUGUCCGUACAAAGCUGCGCGCUCCGAGAGGCUCACCUGGCACGCCGCGAAAGUGCACGGCAAGAAGAUCUGCAUCAAGUGUUUCUAUGUCUGCGACGACCAGAUGACGCUGAGCGUCCACCAGUUGAGCACUCACCAGAACGGGCAGAGUCGGCAGGGCUUCACGUGCGUCAUGUGCGCCUACACGUUCAAGCUGCACACCGAGCUGGAGGCGCACAUGGUGGCCGAGCACGGGCGCGCCAUGCUCGACUGUUCCGUGUGUAUGUUCCGUACCACGGACCCGGCCGUGCUGACCGACCACGUUCGCUACAGCCACCAGCAGCGGCCGGGCGCGCAGCCGAGUCCGGCGCUUCCCGCCAGCGGCGGCAGCGCGGCGCCGCCCGUCAUCCUGAACGUGCCGUCCGUGCGCAGCGAGCCCACGUCAUCGCCGCCGCCGGAGGAGAGCUCCGAGCCGGCGCCGCCCCCUCCUCCGCCGCCCCCGCCCCCACCUCCACCGCCGUGCGAGGAGUGUCGCCAGGUGCGGCCGCCGCUGGUGUGCACCCACUCGGGCGGCACUCUGCGCUGUCAGGCGGCGCGGUGCCGUUUCGAGGCCGGCGACGCGGCCACCCUGCAGACGCACGUGUCGGCGCGUCACGCGGACGGCGCGCUGCGGUGCCCGCACUGCGCCGCGCCGCUCGGCUCGGUGCUCGAGUUCUGUCUGCACUGGCCGCUGCACCACGUGGCGCUGUGCUGGAGCUGCGCGCAGCUCACCGAGCAGCACUUCACCGUGCUGCAGCACGCGCCGCCGCCGGCCUCGGCAGCGGCCGACCCGGCCGACCCGGCCGCCAUCGACUGCGGAUCGUUCCUCCGGCUGGAGAUGAGAACCGAAGAGGAGGAGGAGGAGGCGCUCUUCACCGGCGAGGAGGAGGAGGAGGAGGCGGCCGGCGGUGAGCGGGGCGCCGUCAAGAGGAGCCGCAAACAGCCGCGGCCACAGCGCCGGCCGUCGCCGGAAGCCGAGGACGGACAGCAGGAGAACGACAAAGAGUAGAGGCCGGUCGAUAAAACCGAUAGCAGCGAGAUGGGACGGCGAUGCGAGAGCGCAUGUAAGGCAAAACAGAUCAAUGCUGCACUGGAAUUUGUAAAAGCGUAAGUGGUACCUCAAGCAUGUGGCAUUUGAAUGAACGUCGCGAAUGUCGACGGCAUUCGACGCAGCCUAUUGCUCACCCUCACGCGUCGGCAUGUUCUCAGCCCGCGGAGGGAGAAGUGGACUGCAGUGACCUGUAUCCGGCCGAAUCACCCAAGUGACCCGGCGCGAUGACGAACUGAGUCGGGACAGAGCUAGUGUAAAUGUGUGGACGUGCGACAGGCUGUCAGUGACUGACUCAGCGACCGUGUGUUCGUAUGACUCAUGUAGAGCCCAGAAGAGCUCGUGAGUGCCAUAACAGCUCGGCGAGGCAGCCGUGCAGAUCGAAAGCCGCAAAGCGCAUGAAAGUGGGAGCGUCUGUAGAGCAUGCCAAUGGCGCAUAUCAGUUACAUGUGCCAUAUACUUAAACAACACGUAAAAUGGAGGUUAGCUGUUCGGACUGCAUCACUUUAUCACUGACCUUCCGAUCAGCGUGGGGAGAUUUGCUCAAUAUGUUUCAGCGCGUGUAUUCCACGAUGUGCAUGUGUUUUGCGAAAUACGAAGGUCUUGAUCGGGCCCUUCAUAUCUUCGCUUCAGGGAACGUGAAACUUUGAGAGGUAUGGUGGAAUGCUCUAGUCAAAUUCGUACAAUGUACACUAUUUUAGCAUGAAUGUCAGUGUUAGUGGUGUUUAUUUUUAAAUGCAGCAUGCGUGUGAAUAUUGUAGCGAAUUCAGAAGUAGUGAUUACGUAGAUGUCCAAGCAGGUUAAGUAAGUACUUACUGUUCUAUUUAAUCAUAACACAUGGUUCUCCAAACGGAGUCACGGCCAUGAGCAUUGUGCCUCAACAAUACCCCUUAGAACAGGAUACCUCUCAGAACCAGCUAUUUUUGUAAACUAUUCAUCCAACCCUACAGUCGCAUAAGCUGACACAUCAAGUUUGCACAAAGAUUUAAACAUUGAAGCGUCGCUAUUUUUAGCUCAGGCCACGCUAUUCUAUGAUCAUACUAUCAAACUGAUUGAGCGACAAUAUCAAGCCAUCAGGCUUGUCAACCUGUUGGCUGUUUCAACUCACAACCGUGCUGUGACUGCCGAGUGACGAGCUAUUUUUGAAUUUUCCGAUCUAUGUCCUGUUCACAUGAUCCAGUAACAAAGCAUUUCCGCCAUUGAUCAAAAUGUACAAAUGUGGAUGUGUGCUGUCGUGUGACGAUCUAUUUUGUGUCGUGUUUUGUAACGCAUGUGUUUCUUAAAUAAACAUUACAUAAAAACA